ACCUGAGAUAAAGGGGCACAAAAUGCUUGCGAUUUUCCACAAAACCCUCGCCCAACCACCUGUAGAGCUCAACAGCCCCUCCUCACAUGGCGGCAUCAAGAAAUCAGCGAAGGAACCGCAGGAAAUCCUUCGCGACUUCAAUUUUUCCCACCCCAACUCCUUUUUCUCCACCAGCUUCAGCGGCGGGGCCUUCCUCGCCUCUACCGGGGCUGAUCCCGGUCGGCCACCCUUCAAUCAAAGGUUGUUCUGCAGCUUAGAUGAUUUAUACUGCAUUUUCGUGGGGAGAUUGAACAAUCUGAGCUCCCUGAUAAGACAAUACGGCCUCAGCGGGAAAUCCUCCGAUGAGGCCGUUCUCGCAAUCGAAGCCUACCGGACUCUCCGCGACCGCGGACCUUACCCGGCCGAUCAAGUCGUGAAAGAUCUGAUCGGUUCCUUCGCCUUCGUUAUCUUCGAUAACAGAGCUGGAUCCGUCUUUGCAGCUCUAAGCGAGGAUGGGGAAAUACCUCUGUAUUGGGGCAUAGCGGCGGAAGGAUCGGUGGUCAUCUCCGACGAUGUGGAGGCGGUUAAGAGCGGCUGCGGAAAGUCCUUCGCUCCAUUUCCUCCAGGGUGUAUGUUUCAUAGCAAGGGCGGGUUGAAGAGCUUCGAGCGGCCGAUGAACAAGAUGAAGGCGAUGCCUAGGGUUGACAGCGAAGGGGCGUUGUGCGGAGCCUUUUUCAAGGUUGAUUCCUGCGCUAAAAUCAGUUCCAUGCCUAGGGUUGGAAGUGCAGCUAAUUGGAGUUUUGGGGAAGAGAAGCUUUGAUCUCUUCCCUGUUCGGAUCUAUUGUCAUGUUAUUUUGAUGUAAAUUACUCUUAUUGUUACUUUCAACGAAUCAGAAUAUAUUUCUGAAAUGUAAUUAUUUGCUGAUCAAA